GAAUUUGUUGUCAAAAUGAGCGUCCCAACCUGGUUGCCCCUGGAGGCGAAUCCCGAAGUCAUGACAAAGUUUGUCAGCUCUUUGGGCAUGAAGCAAAGCUGGCAGUUCGGAGACGUGUAUGGAUUGGAUACAGAAAUGCUUAGCAUGGUGCCAAGACCUGUUUGUGCUGUGCUACUCCUCUUCCCCAUCACAGAGAAGUAUGAAGCAUUCAAACAAGAAGAAGAAGAGAGACUGAAGACUCAGCAACCGAAUGUGCCCACCGAUGUCUAUUUCAUGAGGCAAACAAUCGGCAAUGCCUGCGGCACGAUAGGACUAAUUCACGCCGUUGCCAAUAACCUGAAACACCUGGAAUUCGAGUCGGACUCCGCUCUGAAGAAGUUUGUGGAUCGCACCUGUGAAAUGAGUCCGCAGCAAAGAGGUGUCACUCUAGAGACGGAUGAGAGUAUACGUGUCACACAUGAAUCCAGUGCACAAGAGGGUCAGACUGAGGCACCAAGCAUAGACGAGAAAGUCAACCUUCACUUUAUAGCUUUUGUGAACGUUGGAGGGCAAUUGUAUGAAUUAGAUGGUGGUAAACCCUUCCCAAUUCUUCACGGUAAAACAAGUGAAGAUACUCUCCUCGAGGACUCUGUGGAGGUUUGUAAGACCUUCAUGGCCCGUGACCCACAGGAGGUCCGCUUCACCAUUAUCGCCCUCUCCAAAGAUUCUUACUGAGGCGAUCCAAUGAGCGGAGGGAACAUUUUUACUGCCAAAACAUUCUCAAGUGCUGGCUUUAUCCGCAUUUUCAACAUAGCUCAGCUACUGAUUCACGGAAAGCUUUUUCAAUUAAAAAAAAAAAGAAAAUCCAUUAAUUAUUUUGACAGAGUUGGAUGAGAUUCUUCGGGAGAUACUUCAAGUGCUAGCUUGUUAUUGCACUAAAAUGUUUACAAAAUUGAGCACAGUUUUCAGUGUUGGAGCGGUUUCGGCCGCCAAAGACGAUGUUAUAAAGCACUUACUAAUCGUGUAUCACUUGAACGCCGGGCCAAGUCACCAUGUCCUUGUGAAUGAAGCUUACAUUUUUUUGUAAUCAUAAAACACUUCUCAAUUAAACGCUAAAAUUAA